CAAGUGGUUAAUAUUGGAAGCUGAUUGUACACUGGCAGUCAAUGAGACUAUUUGAAACAAAGGGAAACAGCCUCUCAUGGGACGGUGUCUACAGCAAUGCCAGUGUCACUGAACAGCUGUACCCUAUUUAGACUAACAGCCUUUCAGCAAGCUAGUCUUUCAGCAGAUAAUAUUCAUGGUUCUCUCCCUCCCUCAUCAUAGGGAAUACCGUGCCUGCUACACUCACCGCACUCUUGGCCUCUCCGAAGGCGGCCCACGCCUGCGCCAGACCUGAGGUGUUAGCGGCUGGACCUCGCUGGGAGGACGGGCCAGGUCGCGACACCACCCGCGGCUCUCUCACACGGUGCCCGUGAACUCUUCCGCUCAUACUUGUUUCUCCGUGUUUCUGUUACUUGAGGUCCAGAUUUCAGACCUAACGUUGCUCGCUGGUUGGUCACUCAGAAACCGGCUGCACUAGACGAUGGAUGCACGACAUUCUCCAGAUCUUCAGUAGUCACUAAUAAACACAGGAGGUGCAAGGACCGAGAAUUUUCACACUGAUCAAAAGAGCGCGCGCCGCUAAUUAACGAUCAAUUAUUUUUGUGACAAAACAAGAUGCCGAAGGUGAUUUCUCGCAGUAUCGUGGUUACCGACUCUCGGGAUAAGGAGGAGUACAAGGGAGACACUCCGCUCUACGUCUACCUGUGCGUGUGCGGUCAGCUGGCACUCGUUCUCGAUGCGACGCUGGAUAAGCUCCCUCUGAGAAAGAGGGACGGAGCUAGAGUGGUGGACAAGACCCGUAACGCUUAUCGAGUUUACUACGAAUCGGCGGGUGUCAGGUACAUAAAAAGAGAUGGCGGGGUCGAGCAGCAGUACAGGCAGAAGUGCAAAAAGUGUAACCUGGAUAUCUUCUAUCGUCACAGCAACACUGAUGAAGGUGUUCAUUUCAUCUUCCCUGGGAGUCUGGUGAGGAGUGGAGAGAAGCCAGUGACGACCAUGAAGGCUGAACCAAUCUCUGAACCUCGUAGAAAGAGAAGCAAGAUAAUAAUGAUGAGGCACACGGUCGACGCUGGUAAGUACAGUACAGUGACAGUGUCGACGGUGGAUGAGGAGGAGGACGAAAUCGAGGCUAGAGAGAUUGAAAACUCGUUUGCCAGUAAUGCUGGUCUGGUUCACCAUCAAGUCAUCAGGACUGAAGAAGGCCGCAAGAGAUACGCUGACUUGAAAGCUAUUGAGGAGCAUGUCAAGUCCAAGAAGCAGAAAGGAACACUCAUUGACAAAGUCACAUGAACAGCACACUGCAUGCUCCACUCUUCUCAUUACUCGAAGAGUAAUUGUUGUUUUGACUUGAAAAUUUGUACUUAACCAUGACCAUUAAUUUUUCCAUCUGUUUAUUGUCUGCUUCUACAGCCAGCCUAAUAUUGGAAAGAAGGCUGCAGAAAUACUCGUGCACUUAUCUAGCUGUCACACGUUUUUUGUGUCAUCUUAAUUUCUAACCCA